UAGUGUCAACUUGACGUCAUUUCCGUACUAAACAUUCUAUUGUGUUGAAAAGUAACGAAGAUGUCUAUGUCAGACGACUCAGAUUAUGAUCACUCCGAUCAUAUGGAUGACGAUGAUUAUGAUUACGGAGGUUACUAUGACAACGACACUGAUGACCUUGACAUAGAUAAACCAAAGAAAAGCGAGGACCCGGAGUACUUUGAAUAUGAACUUCUGCAAGUGGAAGAUGUCGAGCGUUUACUUAAUGAGGAGGUGGAGGUACUCUGUAGAGCACUUAAGAUUGAUCCAUACCUUGCCAAAAUGCUGCUACAAGUUCAUGGUUGGCAGAAAGAUUCCAUUAUUGAACAACACAAGAAAAGUCCUUCAAAGUUGUUGGUAGACUCCAAGAUCAUGCCUGCUAUUAAACACCAGGAUGAAGCUGUGGGGGGUCAGAAGGAAUGUAGUGUCUGUUUUGAACAGGCUCCAUCUAAAACAUUCAGCUGUCUGACAUGUGGACACAUCUUCUGUAAAAACUGCUGGGAUUUGUACUUCCAGAUACAAAUCAAACAGGGAAUCACCACAGGCAUUGAAUGCAUGCAGAAGGACUGCCAUAUUCUAGUUCCAGAAGACUUCCUUUGCAAUGCUUUAUCCAAACCUGAGCUACGAGACAAAUAUACACAGUUGUCCUUCACGGACCAUGUUGAGGCCCACCCAGAGUUAAGAUUUUGCCCUGGUCCAAAUUGUUCUGUGGUGGUUAGAUCUAAGGAACUGAAGUCAAAGAAAGUGGAAUGCAGUCACUGCAAAACCACAUUUUGUUUUCGUUGUGGUAUAGACUACCACGCUCCCACUGAUUGUGGAACAAUCAAAAAGUGGUUGACUAAGUGUGCUGACGAUUCCGAGACCGCCAAUUACAUCAGUGCUCACACCAAAGAUUGCCCCAAGUGUCACGUCUGUAUAGAAAAAAAUGGAGGUUGUAAUCACAUGCAAUGUACAAAAUGCAAGUUUGACUUCUGUUGGAUGUGCCUGGGUGAUUGGAAGGCCCACGGCAGUGAGUACUAUGAGUGUAGCCGCUACAAGGAGAACCCUAACAUUGCUAACGAGUCAGUCCAUGCCCAGGCACGGGAAGCCCUCAAAAAAUAUCUCUUCUACUUUGAAAGGUAUGAGAACCAUGCUAAAAGUCUCCAGCUGGAGGAACAAACUCUACAAAGAAUCACCUCAAAGAUCCAAGACAAGGUCAUGAAGAACACAGGCACCUGGAUAGACUGGCAGUAUUUACUGGAUGCCGCCACACUGCUCAAAAAGUGCCGGUACACUCUUCAGUAUACAUAUCCAUAUGCCUACUACAUGGAAAAAGGGGCCAGGAAACAGUUGUUUGAGUACCAACAGGCACAGUUAGAGGCUGAAGUUGAAAACUUAUCCUGGAAAGUAGAGAGAGCAGAAAUAACAGAUAGAGGGGAUCUAGAAAACCAAAUGGAUGUAGCAGAGAAAAGAAGACUGACCUUGUUAAAAGAUUUCCUGGAAAUAUGAAGUUUCUUUGAUGCCAUGUCUGUGUGAAUGUGAAAGGAAGAAAUUAUUUCUUUACUUAUUUGAUAUCAGUAAAGUGCACCAAACAUAAAAAUGUGGUGAAAAUGUCAUUUUUAAGUAAGAGUUAGCCAAAUUUAUCUUGUACAUGUAUACAGGAUUUUAUGGAUAAAUUAUCAAGCUAUGAACAUUGUGGACUGCGAUUAUUGUUUCAUGACACCAAUUCUAGGAGGCUUAGGUAUGCAUGUUACAUGUAAUCUGAUUUUUAAAAUACUUUUUACAGUAGAAUGUAAAAUUUGUUGUAUUUUCUACAAUCAUGUGCCAUGACCCAGGUCAGUCUGUGUCUGAGUUGCGAUAAUGAUUUUCACGUCCAGCGUGAUGCCCUGCAGAAAAAAAAUUAUUUAUCAUCGAGCUUUCUAUCCAAUAGACAGUAUUGACAACCAUUUCCAGGGUUAGAAAUUUAUUGGAUAUUCAGAGGCGAAUGGUUUGAUUUUCAAACUUCAAAUCAGAUUUUUGUUUUGUAAUGUUACAAAAAUGAAAUUUUGUGGAACAUUUCUUUCAGUGAUUGAAUUGGUAUUUUUUCCUCCAAAAUACUUUUAAGUUAUUAACAUACCUUUUCCCUCAAAAUGUGUGCUUCUCUGCUAAAAAAAAAUAUUGGAAGGGAAGUCAUUUUUACAAUGGAAUUGAAUGGGAAAAGAGGUGAUUGUUAAUUAGUUAUUGCUAAUUGUUGUUACAUAACUAUUUAAAAUACUAGUCAGGUGACAUUUUGUGUGGUACUUACCAUUAUGUAUUUAUUGUAUUUAUUUAUGUCUGAGUCGUUGAUGAGUGUAUGAAUGUAUUUAUUCUAAAUGGUUUAUAGAAUAGUGCCCAUUUUAUGUCAUAUACAGGUAAAAUUUUGAUCUGUAUGUUAGCAUAUACAGCGUAUGUAUUUUUAAUGCAUGUUACUUAAUAUUUUAUUGUGCAGUGCAUUUAUAUGCUAAAUACAAGUUUAGUGGAUAUCUAAACCAGUUAAUUUGACAAGAAACUAUGUACAGGUUUGAAAAAUCCCCCCAGAAAAAUAUUAAUCCUUAUUGUUUAAAUUUGAAUUUUAAGUGUUCUCUUUUUGAAAAACAAAUUUUCACAGUAUAUUUUAAAUGCCAUUUAUCAUACCUGCUUGUAGUUUUAGUUCUGGUGUUAGACAAAGAAUAU